AUGUAUCAAGGCGGCGGACAGCGGGACCCUUCGCGGCCCUACCAGGUGCCGCCACCUCCCCCACCCAUGUCGCCGCCGAUGGUUCAGCUCGGCAACGGCAUGAGCCUCCCUCCGCCUCCUCCUCCUCCGUUACGAUAUCCUAGCACAUCCGGCGGUGUCCUGGGUCCUGGAAACCUACCACCACCACCGUCUGGUCCUCCGCCGGGCAGUGCUCUUGGCCAGCAGGCGCCUUGGCACGGAACGUGGGGUGGCCGUGUGUACGACGCGCGCGGCGCCUUCCCGCCACCGCCGCCACCCCUGAUACCCGGAGUAAACCCGAACGCUGCCGCGAGUCAACAACACCAGGCAUAUAACCCGAAGAUGCACGCUGCCGUUGGCGCCGCACCAGGCCAGACUGUCAACCUCCCGCCGCCACCGCCACAAAAUGAGCAGAUGUCAGCUACAUACAUUCCCGGCAUUGACACGUACGGUGAAGGCGUGGGCAUUCCCGGCUUUGGCGGCGCGGUCGACAGCAUGACUCCAUAUUCGGCCAAUGCACCGUUUAUGCAGUGGAACCAGGCACCACCUGGCACCUUUCCAGGAAAUGAUCCCAACAACAACGGCAACAGCCAUAUGAACAACACCGGCAGCGGUGGCGGCGGCAGCAAUAAUGGCCCUGGUGGCUCUAAUGUGCCGGGUGGCAGCCAAGUGGGCACCCCUAUGGACGAACAGCCCGGCCGCCUGAAUCCUGGUGCUGGCAUUGGUGCAAACAAUCAGGGUGUGUCUAUGACGAGCAACGCAUCAAGCUCCCGCGGCAUACCGCCGGAGAUGGCAGCGCAGUGGCCUUUGGAGCGUGUUCUGUCCUGGCUGCAGUCCCACCAGUUCCCCAAGGAUUGGCAGGAGGCUUUCAAAAACCUGGAGCUGAGCGGCACACCCUUUCUCGAACUAGGUAGCGCUCAUGGUGGCCGCGGCAACUUCAGUUUGAUGCAUCAGCAAGUGUACCCGGCUCUCAAGCAGCUCUGGAUCGAGAGAACCGGGAUGCCUGGCGACAAAUGGGACCCAUCCAAGGACCGUGAGGAAGGUCGCCGCAUGCGCCACCUCAUUCGGAGCAUCGUCAGUGGGCGUCCUACCGACGCUUCCAAAUUCCCAACACACGCUCGGAAGGAGUCCAACCCGACAAACGCCAGCCACAACCUGCCAAGCGCAGGUGCCGAAAGUGAUUCGCCAAACACUCCAAUCAAGGCCCCUGGCCCUGGAUUCUCGUCCCGGCGCAUAUCUUCUCAGAAUUUGCAUGGUGCUCAAAAUUUGCCACCGAUGCUGAACAGCGCCGGCAGUGGGCCGUCUCCCGGUGCGGGAAGCAGUGCAGGAGGCACUUCGGCAGACGCCAACCACCGCGCCGUAUUCAAAAACCUUGAUGUCGACAACGGCCGCCGCCAUAGCCCAAAUACAAGCGACGUCGGGCUCGGAAGGGAUAGCCCUGCCGGUAGCCCGGUCCCAGGAUCAAGCAACCUUUAUGCGGUCAACACACCCAGCCUUUCCGCUUCACCACACCAGUCCCGCUUUGGCCACCGCUCACGAAACAGCACCGAUUCCAUGUCAUCCAAUGCAGCCAUCUAUGGAUCUGGUCUACCUGUCGAAGCUAAUCAAAUGCUGCGACAGGGCAUGAACAUUGGCGAGAUGAUCGGUGCAAGCAACACUAACACAGGAGCCGGUGCUAAUGCUCGGCCGUCGUCGCACGACUCCGGCGACCGGUCUGCUGGUACUGACCCACCGAACAGUGCCAAAGAUGCCAAAUCGCUGCGUUCGUUUUGGAACCGAAAGAAGAAACCCAAGGACGACAACUCGUUCCCCUCUCCCGAUGGCCUCGAAUCGCCGACGAGCCCGGUCGUCACAAACAAGUCCUCGUCCACUCUCGGCAGUCGUGCUGGCAAUGCUAGUGACCUGUCUCUCGAUCGCCCCAGCUCGAGCUUUGCGACCAGCCAUGACUUCAGCGGAUCUAACACCGGCUCCUCGUCCCAGUACAGCAAGCCAUCAUCUUCCUUUUCGUCUGCCGCUUCAUCACGUGUGUACAUCCUUGCUACGGCUGAUUAUUGGAACUACCGCAUGGUGGAUGUGACAGAUGUCGCCAACCCGGCCGAGCUUCGGCAGUUGAUCUGCAUGAACCUAGGUCUACCAGAAGGUGAUGGGGCCACUUUGUUUUUGACCGAUCUGGGCCAGUUCAAUCACGAUGCGCCGCUGGAUGAUGCGAAGCUGGCAGCGAUCAAGAUGUUCAAGGCUGACGGUGCUGGUGCAACAAAAAUUUUCGUACGGCCACGAAACAUUGCACUGUCGCAACCCCAGCUCUCACCUGCCUAUGCUGCCCAUGGUGCCUCCAUCGAUAUGGAUGCAUAUGACGCUCUAAACGGCGUUUCAAGGCCGAGAUCUAGUUCAUCUCCGCCGACGUCAAGACAGAACAGCACGUCUGUGUCGAUUGACCAAGCGCUGCCUAUCAACGGCGGUGCGGGCGGGGACCCAAGCAAGGCACAAACUAGAACCGAUGCCGCUGCCAACCAGUACCGUGCGGAAAUUGAGCGAAAAGGACAAGCAUAUCUUGCCAAACGCCGACAGGCGAACGGCAACGUUUCAGCCACGCCCGUUCAGGAGAACGCACCUUACGGCGGAAUUGUUGGUAGGAACGUGGAUUUUGAUCAGCCACGCGUGUCGCCUUUUGAGGAUAAGAACCCCGACAAGCUUUUGCCUCAGCGCCGUGCACCAGCACCACCUGGCGACCCAUCUGCAACGCUCAUCAAGGCAAACUCGCUUAGCAAACGGUCCGGCGACCGUAUGCGUCUGUCGCAAGGCAGCAUCGAUGGCUACCCCAGCAACAAGCGGCCUGCCCUGCCGACAACAAACGAAUCGCCACAAGAAAUGUCUGACAAGGCCGGCCGGAACCGGUCCUCGCCUGGCACUGUUGGCGGCAAUGGUGCUAGCAACAACGGCGACUCUGGCAAUGGCGGCCUUCAGCCGAUGGGCGCAGUAGCAAGUGCCAUUAUUGGUAUGGGUCGAGGCCUCGGCGGAUUAGGACAUCCGUCUCGUGGUGUUUCACCUAACCGCGUAGCGUCCGCGCCGUUGAAUACAAAUAUGAGCAGCAACUAUACCCACACUGAGCCGCUCCGAGGUAUACACUCUCACCCAUCCCCCAACGAAAGAGUGCAAAAGUCAGAUUUUAACUCCCUUCUAGGUUUCAGGAUGCCAGCACGCGCACCUUCUCCGGGCGGUUUAAGCCCAAGCUCCCGACCCAGUGCGAACUUUGCACGCCUGCCAUCAGGCUCCUCACAUUUCCAGCAAAAACCACGACCAGAUCUAGAUUUCCGCAACAACGAUCCCAACUUUCCUCGCGGAGGCGGCCCACCUCGUAUUGGUAUGCCUGCAGCUCUGACAAACCCGACGCGACUGUCUGUAUCUAACGACGACUCCGACGACGAUUCCGAUGACGGCCUAUUUGCUGUGCCCCUUGCUUCCCGUGCGCCAACUACCAGUAGCAGCAGCAACAGCACCAGCAUGACUAAGAGCGAUGUCGAGGCAGCUGUAGCGGCGGCAGCGGCGACAACGUCGUCCAAGGCUGCUGCCGCCGCUGCUGCGGCAAACGGAGGCGAACCAGACUCUAGCAGUGGCAACGGCAGACGGCCGAACCUGACUGUGGAGACGAAGCGGCCCCGUAAGACGCUGUCUGUAGCAUUUACAUCUCCUGUUUCUGCAUCGACCGGCGGCAACCCUCCUGGCGAUAACAACGGCAGCAUGAACAACCGGAGCGCUGGUAGCAGUUCGCGGAUGUCCGAUCACACAAGCGAUGACGGCAGCUCAAGCCGACGGACUCCAGGUACUCCCGACUCUAGCAACGAUUGGAAGUCCACAUCUUCGGCGACGGACGAUGGCAAGCUGAGCCGGCGCAAGUCAUUUGUGGAGCGAGAUGUCUGGGCGAACCGUCCCCCAACUGAUGCGCUGAUCAACAAUCUGGAGGACUUCUUCCCUAAUCUCGAUGUCGAUCAGCCAGUGCUAGAGGAAGGGCCAGAGCCCGAGUUCUCAACGUCGCCGAUUGCUGAAGUGCCCGAAUCGGAUGAGUCCUUGUCUGCCGGUGGAAGAAACCGUGCUGGUAGCUCUGGCAUGGCCGUCAAUAUGAACAAUGGUCUGGGUGGCAGCAUGAGUGCAGGCGCCGGCCCCAGUUCUGCAUUCGGUCCUGGUCGCAGCCCUGGUUCAGACGCACGGUCGCCUGCCGAAGCCGUCGUGGCCGCUGUAGCUGCAGCCAAGGCCGCCAAGGCAUCUUCCGGUGGUACAGGCACCACUUCGUCGUCUAUAUACAAUGAAAACGACACACUUGGAUCCGACGAGUCGACACUCAAGGCCCUUGAUCGGCCGUCUUCCAUCUCAUCCGUCGCACAGCGCAGUCUUCGGCGGUCUGGUGGACUGGGCCGUAUGAAGUCCAUCCGUGAAGUGGCACGGGGCGCACAUGAGGCCAACAAGCGGUACACUCAGACGCAGCUGGCACAGCACCAGCAGCAACACCAGCAAGUCCAACAGCAGCCACCUCCUCAACCUGGCGCGCCCGGUAUCCCACGGCGUGUUCCAGUCAGCCAAGCCGCGAUUGUGCGGCGCAAGUCAACCAAGAUGUUUGGUGCCAGCAUUGUGCAGGUGCGGCCUGACCGUGAGCAAGGAUCGAUUGUAGUCCCACAACUGCCACCCCUGCACGGCCAGGGCGAUGCCAGCGGCAGUGGCAGCGGUGGCAACACAGACAACAACGGUAUUCCCAAGCGACAGACGACGUUCCGCUGGUUCAAGGGUCAGCUGAUCGGCAAGGGCACGUUUGGCCGUGUGUACCUGGGCAUGAACGCGACGACGGGCGAGUUCUUGGCAGUGAAAGAGGUAGAGGUACCACCGAAGCUGGUGGCUCAAAACGACAAGAACCGGGUGCGCGAGUUAGUGGCGUCGCUGAACCAGGAGAUUGAGACCAUGCAGCACUUGGACCACGUGAACAUUGUGCAGUACUUGGGCUGCGAACGCAAGGAGACCAGCAUCAGCAUCUUCCUCGAGUACAUUUCUGGUGGCAGUAUCGGCUCCUGUUUACGGCGGCACGGCAAGUUCGAGGAGCCCGUGGUGGCAAGCCUGACUCGCCAGACUCUGUCCGGCCUAGCGUACUUGCACCGGGAGGGCAUUCUACACCGCGACCUGAAGGCCGACAACAUCCUGCUUGACGUGGACGGGACGGCCAAGAUCAGCGACUUUGGAAUCAGCAAGAAGACCGACAACAUUUACGGCAACGACCGGACCAACUCGAUGCAGGGCAGCGUGUUCUGGAUGGCGCCGGAGGUGAUCCGGCCACAGGAUGAGGGCUACUCGGCCAAGGUGGACAUUUGGGCCGUGGGCUGCGUCGUGCUCGAGAUGUUUGCGGGGCGGCGGCCUUGGUCGCAGGAGGAGACAGUGGGCGCGAUCUACAAGAUUGCGCAAGGCGAGACGCCGCCGAUCCCGCAGGACGUGCGGGAGACGAUCAGCCCGUAUGCGAUUGCGUUCAUGCUGGACUGCUUCACGGUCAACCCGAUGGAGCGCCCGACGGCAAGCCGCCUGCUGUCACAGCACCCGUUCUGCAACCUUGACCCUGACUAUGACUUUGCAGAGACGGCGUUGUACGCCAAGAUCCGGGACACGUUCAAGACAACGUAG